AUGGCCCCCUCGUCCCCGGCCGAGUCCGCCAACGCGGCCCUCACAUCCGCCCUCCCGGCCCCCGUCGCCGACAAACUCCCGCACAUCCCCGAGUCCAAGGCGGAACUGAAAGCCGACGCCUCCGCCGCCGCCUCCGGCCUCGCCUCCCAGCUCCGCUCCCUCGCCGCCGGCGGCUUCGGCGGCGUCUGCGCCGUCGUCGUCGGCCACCCCUUCGACCUCGUCAAGGUCCGCCUGCAGACCGCCGACGCCGGCGUCUACAAGGGCGCCGUCGAUGUCGUCAAGAAGAGCAUCGCCCGCGACGGCCUCAGGAGGGGGUUGUACGCCGGCGUGUCCGCGCCCCUGGUCGGCGUCACGCCCAUGUUCGCCGUCUCCUUCUGGGGCUACGACGUAGGAAAAUCCAUAGUCCGCUCCUCCGCCGCCGCCCCCGACGCGCCCCUCUCCAUAGCCCAAGUCUCCGCCGCCGGCUUCCUCUCCGCGAUCCCCAUGACCGCCAUCACCGCCCCCUUCGAGCGCGUGAAAGUCAUCCUGCAAGUCCAGUCCCAGCGCCUCCAGCCCGGCGAGUCCCCCAAGUACGCCGGCGGCCUCGACGUCGUCCGCUCCCUCUACCGCGAGGGCGGCCUGCGCUCCGUCUUCCGCGGCUCCGCCGCCACCUUAGCCCGCGACGGGCCCGGCUCCGCCGCCUACUUCGCCGCCUACGAGUACAUCAAGCGCCGCCUCACCCCCGCGGACCCCGUCACGGGGAAGCCCACCGGCGAGCUGAGCCUGCUGGCCGUCACGGCCGCGGGCGCCGCGGCGGGCGUGGCCAUGUGGAUCCCCGUCUUCCCCGUCGACACGGUCAAGUCGAGGCUGCAGACGGCCGAGGGCAACGUCACGGUGGGCGGGAUCGUGAGGGAGGUGUACGGCAAGGGGGGCGUCAAGGCCUUCUUCCCCGGUUUCGGGCCGGCGCUGGCGAGGGCCGUUCCCGCGAACGCGGCCACCUUCUUGGGCGUCGAGUUGGCGCACCAGUUUAUGAACAAGACGUUUGGUUAG